GCUCGGCCUAGCGGGGAUGGCCGCCUGCCCGGGCGGGCGGAGCGGGAGCCAGGCUCUCUCCGAGCUGCUGGCAGGAAGAGUCAAGAAACAGAAAUGCACAUUUGAAAGUGGACAGGAGCUUCAGAAAGCAGCUGUUCACCUUCUGAGUUGCCAUCAGAACUUGAAUGACCUCUUGUUGGAGGUGGAGGGUUCCAGUAAAUCAACUGAGCAGAGUGGUCCAGAGACUCAAAAUGCUUUUUCAGAAUCAUUUGUAGUCUCCAUUCUGCAGGAGCAGGCCUCGAGGCUGGGAGUACCAAUAGGAAUCUUGUCAGCCAAAACUACGGCUACCAACAUUGACCAAAUCUGCAACAUUUCCAGGGAGUCCAACCAAGCUGCAUUGUUGAACUUGGAGCAGAGAAAGAAACUGUCUUAUUUGCUUCAAACUGUCAAGGAUUUGUUGGUGCACAAUGCCUUCUGUCGUUUGCUCUUCUGUCAAGAACUUUGGAAAAUGCAGAAUCCUCCCAUGUUGGAAGUUGUGUGGCACCUUCACAGAGGCAACAUUGUUAGCUUGGGAGAGCUGCUGGAGAGCAAUUCAGAUACCCCUGCUGUGGUGGAGUGGCUAUGCAGAAGCCUUUGUCUGCUGUGUAAACAGACAGACAAUUCUUCCCUGGAUGUGGAGCUUUCUGGGCACAUACUCUCAGACUUUGUGAUCGUGUUUCUUCAGAAUGGAUUUCAGCCAACAUCAGAUCUGGGAAAGAAGGUGGAAUUCCAAAAAAUCCACCAUAUCUGUUAUGCUGUACUGCAAAAAAUGUUGACAUGGGUACUUGAUGCUCUUGCUAAUGAAAAACAGGAAGAUUCUUCUAAAUUACAGGCUGUGAAAUGCUGGCUGAACAUAUUCACUCUGACAAUGUACAAAAGCACCAGCUUUCCAGAGUCUCUGCAACAGUUCUUCAUUCACACUCUGACUAAGAUUCUUACCUACAAUCCUUUGUUGAAAGCAUCUGAUGCCAUUCAUAUGCAGAGAGAGUGGAGCUUUGCAAGAACCUGCCCACUGCUUACUACCUUGUAUCGCAAACUGUUUGUGGCAUUCAGUGCAGAGAAGUUGAUGUGUCAUUUGCAGCAGAUUCUGGAGACUCAUGAGGUGAAUUGGCAGCACGUGCUGUCCUGCUUUUCUACAUUGGUAGUCUGCCAGACUGAAGCAGAGCAGCUGGUUAAAGACCUCCUGAGCAGUCUGCUGAUAAAAGCAUUUGAGAAUUACGAUAUGGAAAACAUGAUCACUGCAUUCUUGAUAGCUCGUCAGGCUGCCCUGGAGGGUCCUGCUGUGUUCAUGCCUUAUGCUGAAUGGUUUAAGGUUUCCUUUGGAAAUGCCAGUGGUUACCAUGGUAGCAGUAAGAAGGCUUUGGUCUUUCUCUUCGAGUUCCUGUCAGAAUUGGUCCCCUUUGAAGCACCCCGGUAUCUGAAGGUCCAUAUAAUGCAUCCGCCUUUUGUGCCAACAAAAUACCGUCCCUUUCUCUUGGAAUAUAUUACUCUGGCCAAAACCCGAUUGGCUGAUCUCAAGGUUGCUAUAGAAGACAUGGGGCUCUAUGAGGAUUUAUCUUCAACAAAGGAAGCUGUGCAGCCCCAAAGCCAGGCACUCGAAGAUGUUGAGAAGGCUAUUCGGAUCUUUGAAAAUACAGGGAAGAUCCCAACAAGUGUGAUAGAGGCCAGUAUUUUCAGAAGACCCUAUUAUACUUCCCACUUUAUUCCUGCUUUACUCAUGCCACGUGUGCUCCCUGAAAUUCCAGACUUGCGCAUCAUUUUUAUAGACUCCUUAAAGAGAGCUGACAAAAUUCCACCAAACUUGUACUCCAGAUAUAUCCAAGCCUGUCAUUCUUUGAAAGAGAAACUGUUACAAGAUGGAUCAAUAGAAUUAGAGACUGACCAUCUCAAAGAGCCUGUUGAACAGCUGAAGGGUGAACUGGAUGAACUGAUAAUGCUGAUCACAGACCAAAGCAAACAUGAUGCUGUGCCAGCUCAGAUUGCACUGAUCUCUGAGAGACUGAUGACUGUCCUGCGACACAGCCAUAAUGAAAAUGAAGCUGCAUCCUUCAAUUCUCGGAUCCAGCUUAACAUUUGUGCCCCAAAACUUGAACAGCAGGAUCAGUGUGUCAUUGAUCUUUUACUGACAUCCUUUUGCCAGAAUCUAAUAGCUGCUUCCUAUUUUAACCCUCCUGACAGGCAGGGGCUCUGUUUGUGUCUGUUUGUGAAGAUGAUUUGUGGACACAGGCAUCUCUUACCUGCCCUGUUGACUCGGCUCUGUCAGCUUAUUUAUCAUCAGGGUCCUUCCCUAAAUGAUGCUCAUGUUUUAGGACUAGCUGCCUUUAUGAUUCAUUUAAAUGAAUCCAAAUUUUUGAUUCCUGAAGUGAACAUUGGCUCCAAGGUUGCUGCUCCAAAGGGCCUUUCUGUUGCUGAGUACUGGAACCAUUUACUAGUGUGCAGGACAGGGGAGUCCUUAGCCUUCUGCAUGAGGUUUUGUACUGCAGCUGUUGCUUAUUUUUUGUGCAAGUUUCCUUCCCUCUCUCAUAAUGAUUUAUGCAAGCUGCUUCCCUCAGGGCUUAUAAAAAAGUUACAGUAUGUUGUGCCACGGCUGAGCUUAGAGGCUCGAGGAAUUGGCCAUGAGGAGGAAGCACCUGAAUUGUCCUGGAGGUCCCUCUCCUGUCCCUAUGUAAACUACAUGAAAACCAGCCUCUGUUUAUGGAAGCAAACGCGCUUUCAAGAACUCUUGAAGGAGAAACCAUUCCAG